UCACCUCGACUGAAGUUUGUUCCUCUGUCAUCGACAAACAUGGAGCUGUAUCUGGCCAUUCUUACCCUCACUGUUUUUCUCUCAACUGAUGCUCAAUUAGAGCACAACGAUUUCUCAAUUACUGGAUGUUCUGAAACAGAAAAAGAAUCUAUGACUGGAUCUGACGGAGAGGAGGCAUGGCAUGCUGAUUUUAAUCAAAAGACAGGAGUAGUUACAUUACCUGAUUUUGCAGAUCCUAUAAGCUUUCCAGGAUAUUAUGAACAAAGUGUUGUAGAACUAGAAAUAUGCAAACAAAACCUGGCUACACUCAUUAAAGCUUACAAGAGCCCACCAGAGGAAAUGGAACCCCCUGAGACGUCCAUCUAUACAAGGAACGAUGUGCAGCUGACUGUUGAAAACACCCUCAUCUGUCACGUGACAGGCUUCUUUCCUCCACCUGUCAUUGUCUCGUGGGCUAAGAACAAUGUCAUUGUGACUGAAGGAGUGAAUCUGACUCAGUACCGACCGAGGAGCGAUGGAUCCUUCCACGUGUUCGCUUAUCUGAAGAUCACUCCUGAAGAGGGAGACGUUUACAGCUGCACAGUGAGCCACCGAGCGCUCCAGGGCCAACCGCAGACUAAAAUAUGGAGCGUCCCGACGGCAGCUGCUGUCCUGCCCAGUGUGGGUCCGGCGGUCUUCUGUGGAGUGGGAUUGACUCUGGGGCUGCUGGGAGUCGCUACUGGACUCUUCUUCCUCAUUAAAGGAACAACAACUGACACGCCAGAUAUGGCCAAAAACAUCAAACAUUUAAUGCAGUGGACCCAAUCAAAGACGGUUUCUCCAGGAUUCUGAAGACAAUAAUACAGUGCAUCUAUGUGUGAUUUUAGAUUGCUGGUGUUGAAGAUUGAUAGAUACGUGAAUGCAAAAUCUGGUUUAACCUUGGAAGUUGAAACUUGGAUUUGCUUGCUAUGUAGCACUAAUCAUGCUUGUAUUUGCACACAGCAAAAUCCUCUGUGUUAAAUUAACACUGCUAAGUGUUUACAUAAUCCACACUACAGUUAAAAUAAAUAAAUAAAUAAAAACAAUUAGACACACAGACAUCAAGAAUCAGCGUGAGAAUUACAAUAGCGUUUUUGUACCAUGCUGUAAUUCAUCCAUUGCUCCCAUCAUGCUUUGCAGGAUGAAUAAAUUAUGCAGCCUCUCCUGUUUGCCAGAUCUGGACCACAAGCAGACCACAGCAAUGUCACACAUCAGCCAAGAACAAAGAAGUAAUUCACACUGGACCUUAUCUGAGCCACCAAAUCUUUAAAUAUUAUCUAUAGAGUUCUCUCAGCUUGUCUAAGCUUGUUAACAAGCAAAAUCACUGAAGAGAACAGAAAAAAGAGAGAAACAGAAACUCAGGUUUCAAAAACAUCUCCUGAUGCACAACCUUGGACACAUCAUCAGUGUUGUUUCCUGGACUCACGGGGUGUUUCGGGUCUUGCAACAGACACCCUCCUCCAGGCGACCCGACCGAGGCUGAUCAGACCCCGGCCUGUGUCCAAGUGGCAUGCUACCGCCCCCACCGCUCUCCCCUCUUCAACCAGAGCCAUCUGGAUGCUUUCUCCACUGCCUCCACGUUGUUACUUAUGGCUCUUCUUCGGUUGACGCCUGUUAUGCCCAGUGUACCAUAGGCCUUACUCAGGGUAUCGCUGGCAAAUCCCCGACUGCCUACUUCCACUGGCAUACACCUGGUCCUCCACCCAUUUAUCCGACACUGCUCCACCAGCUCCUGAUAUUUUUCCCUCUUUCUCUCCUGAGCCUCCUAUAUCCUCUCCUCCCAGGGCACUGUCAGCUCUAGCAAGAUUAACUGUCUUGUGGCCUCAGAGACCAAGAUGAUAUCAGGUCUCAGUGUGGACUGGAUGAUGUGUUGUGGAAUCUUCAGUUGCC